CACGACCAACGUAUAGCGGCAUUGAAGGCGCUGCGUGAUGGAUUGUUAUAGAGUGUAGAACUGUUUCAGCGCGCGCGAGAGUCGAGCGUGAGAAGGGGAGCAUGGAGGAGGAGCGCGCCAUUAGCCUCCUCUCUCUGCCGCCCGAGCUUCACGCACUCAUCGUCUCGCACCUCGACCUGGGCACCGAAUACCUCUACCGGACGCAGGUCUGCCAGCAUCUUCGCACACUCUUUCGACGUCGCGUGGCAGGCUGCUUCAAGCCCUUGUGUAAUGGCCAUCGCCUCAGCCUCGUCGAAUGGCGAGAAGCGGCACGGCUCGUUCGCACGGUACUCGAGCGUCAGGCCCGCUUGCAACAGCGUCCGUCCUCGACGAGUCGGAGCCCCUCCCCUUCCCCUCCAGAUACCCUCGCUCCUAGUCCAGCAGCAGCAGUACAGAGCAAGCAUCAGAAGACGUCCUCAAUCUGGUCUACGCGCUUACAACCUACGCCAGCCCCCGCCCCCGCCCCUCCACGCGCGUCGAUCGUCGUGGGACCCCGUGGCGCGCGCCGAGUCCUGAGGGUGCCUGCGACGGUAGACGAUGCCGACUCUGUCUCUGCGUCCGACGUCAACUUUCUCCGCAGGUGUCUGACCCUUCUCGGGUACGAAAGCGAGAAUGACGGCGACGACGACGACGACGGCGAGGAUGGUCGACCGCUCCGUGUGCUCUGCCUUGUCGCGCGGACCGGCUUCGGGACAGAGGCGCUGACCAACCUGCUGCGCACUCGUCCCUAUCUCUCCAGCAUCUCGACAGUCAUCCAGACAACGGGCGGGCGAUACGAUGAAGAGGAGUGGGACAGCUUCCAUCCGUCGACAGCCCUGGCCAGCCGUGAACGGAGCCCAGAGGAGAAACCGCCGACAGAGGCAUCAAACGUCGUGACGCAGGCCAUCGUCGUGCCUCGCCAGUCGGCGCAAAAGGGCUAUGGCCUCCGUUCUGGCUUUCGCUGCCGUUGCUUCCGGCCCUCAUGUUCCUCCUCCUCGCCCAUCUUUCACGUCAUCUUUCACGACUGGUACAGCACCGAAGAGGCCCUCUCGACCGAAGAGAUGCUGGCCCAUAGCGACAUUACAUGCAAUGCCUGCAAAUCAAACAUUCUCUUUUAGAUUCAUAUUGUACAACACCAUCGUCUCAUGAAAUGCAUCAUUAU